CUCCGCCCUGUGCCCGCGUCGGCUCGGCCAGCCUGGGUCCCGGACUCGCAGGCGUCGCCUCGGCCAGGGCGCGCAGCCUGGACUUGGCACGGUCCGCGCGCACCGCGCCAGCCCGGCCUCCGCGCGCCCUCCCUCGCGGAAGGGAUUUUUUUUUUUUUUUCCCUCCCCUUUCCUCUGCCCGCCAUCUUCCGAAGGGGACAGCCCGGAGGACGCGGCGCGGGAAGGUGCCUGAUUGGGCCCGGAAAUGGGAUGCCGAACUUUCUCGAGGGGCAUGGGAGAUGCAAGGGCCUUUCUGAGCUGCUGUGACAGCAAGUGAACACACUGCCAGAGGAUGUCCACGACCACGGUGGCCGCCCCCGCGGGGAUCCCGGCAGCCCCGGGCCCUGUGAAUCCACCUCCACCCGAGGUCUCCAAUCCCAGCAAGCCAGGCCGUAAGACCAACCAGCUGCAGUAUAUGCAGAACGUGGUGGUAAAGACGCUCUGGAAGCACCAGUUUGCCUGGCCCUUCUACCAACCCGUGGAUGCAAUCAAGCUCAACCUGCCUGAUUAUCAUAAAAUAAUAAAAAACCCAAUGGAUAUGGGGACUAUCAAGAAGAGACUAGAAAAUAAUUAUUAUUGGAGUGCCAGUGAGUGCAUGCAGGACUUCAACACCAUGUUUACAAACUGCUAUAUUUAUAACAAGCCCACAGAUGACAUAGUGCUAAUGGCCCAGGCCUUAGAGAAAAUCUUUCUCCAGAAAGUGGCCCAGAUGCCCCAGGAGGAAGUUGAGCUGUUACCCCCUGCUCCGAAGGGCAAAGGCCGAAAGCCGGCUACGGGAGCCCAGAGUGCAGGUACGCAGCAAGUAGCAGCUGUGUCCUCGGUCUCCCCAGCGACCCCCUUCCAGAACGUGCCCCCCACUGCCUCCCAGACACCCGUCAUUGCUGCCACCCCCGUACCAACCAUUACCGCGAAUGUCACUUCGGUUCCCGUACCCCCGGCUGCCGCGCCACCUCCUCCUGCAACACCCAUCGUCCCUGUGAUCCCUCCCACGCCGCCUGUCGUCAAGAAAAAGGGCGUGAAGCGGAAAGCGGACACAACCACGCCCACAACCUCCGCCAUUACUGCCAGCCGGAGCGAGUCUCCCCCACCAAUGUCGGAGCCCAAACAGGCCAAGGUCGUGGCCCGACGGGAGAGUGGGGGUCGCCCCAUCAAGCCACCCAAGAAAGACCUGGAGGAUGGCGAGGUGCCACAGCAUGCAGGCAAGAAGGGCAAGCUGUCGGAGCACCUUAGGCACUGCGACAGCAUCCUCCGUGAGAUGCUGUCCAAGAAGCAUGCCGCUUACGCCUGGCCCUUCUACAAGCCCGUGGAUGCCGAGGCGCUGGAACUGCAUGACUACCAUGACAUCAUCAAGCACCCCAUGGACCUCAGCACUGUCAAAAGAAAGAUGGAUAGCCGAGAGUACCCAGAUGCACAAGGCUUCGCUGCUGACAUCCGGUUAAUGUUCUCCAAUUGUUAUAAGUACAACCCUCCAGAUCACGAGGUGGUAGCCAUGGCCAGGAAGCUCCAGGAUGUGUUUGAGAUGAGGUUUGCCAAGAUGCCUGAUGAGCCCAUGGAAGCACCUGCGCUCCCGGCUCCCGCGGCCCCCGUCGUGAGCAAAGGCGCAGAGAGCAGCCGUAGCAGCGAGGAGAGCUCGUCAGACUCGGGCAGCUCGGACUCAGAGGAGGAGCGAGCCACGCGGCUGGCGGAACUGCAGGAGCAGCUGAAGGCCGUGCAUGAGCAGCUGGCCGCCUUGUCUCAGGCCCCAGUGAACAAACCAAAGAAGAAGAAGGAGAAGAAGGAGAAGGAGAAGAAGAAGAAGGACAGGGAGAAAGAGAGGCACAAGGCCAAGUCGGAGGAGGAGAAGAAAGCCCGGGCCGCCCCGCCAGCCAAGCAGGCCCAGCAGAAGAAGCCGCCCGGCAAGAAGGCCAACAGCACAACCACGGCCAGCAGACAGCUGAAGAAGGGGAGCAAGCAGGCAUCUGCAUCCUAUGACUCAGAAGAGGAGGAGGAGGGCCUGCCCAUGAGCUAUGAUGAAAAGCGCCAACUAAGCCUGGAUAUCAACCGGCUGCCCGGCGAGAAGCUAGGCCGCGUGGUGCACAUCAUCCAGUCCCGGGAGCCCUCGCUCAGGGACUCGAACCCCGAUGAGAUUGAGAUUGACUUUGAGACCCUGAAACCUACCACGCUGCGGGAACUGGAGAGAUACGUCAAGUCUUGUUUACAGAAAAAGCAAAGGAAACCGUUCUCCACAAGCGGGAAGAAGCAGGUAUCCAAAUCGAAGGAGGAGCUAGCUCAGGAGAAGAAGAAGGAGCUGGAGAAGCGGCUGCAGGAUGUCAGCGGACAGCUGAACAGCAAGAAGCCUGCCAAGAAAGAGAAGUCCGGCUCGGCGCCCUCGGGGGGCGCGUCUCGGCUCAGCAGCAGCAGCUCCUCGGAGUCGGCCAGCAGCAGCUCCAGCGGCUCCAGCUCCGACAGCAGCGACUCCGAGUGAGCGAAAGAGUGAGCGGGACGUGGACGUGGCCCAGCCGAGCCUGUGGCGCCGCUCCUGUGGCUGACAUCCUACUUCUGUUCAUGGUGUGCACGUUUCCUUUCCUUCAGUGUUAGAUCUCUUCCAGCUGCGCUUCGGCAGGGCAGAGGGCCGAGCUCUGCGGGAGUCUCUGCGAGUCCGAGUGGCGGCUUGGAGGCUCCACUUGGGAUGCUGACCCGAUGACCCUAGACGAGGUGUGAGGCGGGGGACCUGCCUCACCUUCCUUACGCUCUGCCUGGCCUGUGACUUGGAAGAUUCUCAAGAAUAUUUCUCUGGAAUGGGUACUGUGUGUGAAAGCUGUUAGAUGGACACUCACCAGCAGGCCACCUCUGCACAGAGGCUGAGGCCAGAUGUGGCAGCCCAUGGGAACCAGGCUGAGCCGCAGCUGUAGCCGCAGACCAGAGCCUUGCACCUCUGGAUUGGGCUUGGAGGAAGCGGGAGCCGAGUUCUCGCUGUGUGGAAGGCGUGCAGGUUUCUGAACACUGAAACUUUUACCUCAACUUAAGGAGAAAAAGAAAAUUAAAACAAACAAAAAAACCUUUUUUGUAAGUUCAUCGAUUUUCUACAGAAGUCCAGGCCAGCGUGCCCCACCCUGCUAGCGAUGCCCUGCCCGGCUGCCGCCUCACGCUCUGGAACCACAUCCUCAGUUUCAUGUAUAUAUAAAUACUUUAUUUAUUAACAUCAUUGGUCAUUUUUUUUAAAAAAAGAAAAAAAAAGAAAAACAACCAUAAAGAAGUGCAUUAAGAGAUGCAGCAGUGUUGCAGGCCUGCAGCGGCGAGAAGGCCCGGCCUGCAGAGGAGGCCAGUCCCGAGGGAGGAGGUCGGACCUGGCCCGUCUGCAGCUAGGGGACUGGUCCUGUGGCGGCAUGCCCGUCCGGUGCUCAUCCAUCUGUGCUCCUUGGGCUUUUUGGCUUUUUAAAAAAUAUAUACAUAUAUAUAUAAAUAUAUCUAAUUCGGGGACUUUGAGACGCAGACAACCUUCGGCUGUGACUUCAUUUCUGUGUUGUCUGUUCAGUUCUUCUGUGUUCAUUUCUGGUCUCUUUAAAAGAAAUCAACUUAGGGAACCUCAGUUCUUUAACAUAAGCUUUGUAAGCCGAGAGAAAAGAAAAUGUAUAGUAGCCAAGACCUUGACUUUGAUUUUCUAUUGUAAAAAGUAAUAAUAUACAGAGUUUAACAGAAAGUUCUGUUCAGGUUUUUGUUUGGUUUUUAUUUUGGCUUUUUUUUUUUUUCUGAGGCUGCUGAGUGCAGGAUUGGCCUGCAAAUUUGGCUCUAAGCAUUGCAGCCUCAGCAGGGGCACACGCAGGCCAACCUCCCAGGCCUGUGAGCACUGGGGCCUCCAGCUUCUAGAGGUCUGGGCAGGGGCAGAGGUGGCCCUGAAGAUCACAGUGGUUCCUGCUUAGUAAUUUCCAGUUAGCUCAGACACAAUUAAGGCAGGUGGUUCUUCUCCACUGCCACGAGAGAGCCAGGUGGGGAGCCGUGAGCUGUUCUGUCCAUGGGUCCCACUUCUGGGCUUCUAGGUAGAGCUAGGGAGUCAGUCGCUCUUGGCCAGUGUCCCUGCAUGAGGGAGGGGGUGCUUAAAAUUCCGAAGGUCAAUUCUGAUUCCACCAGCCCUCACAGACCGACAGGCUCUAAAACUGGUGUUGAGUUUCAGAGGAAAUGGCCGACAGGCUACGUUCCUAGAUGCCUGGUGAGUUCUCAGCCAGCUCUUUAAACAUGUAAGUCAGUUUUGUUUAAAUAAAAAAGUGGAUUUUAAGGUUCCAUUUUUUUAAAGUUAGUCUUGUUUUUCAAAGGUAUUUUCUAAACAGAUCUUUAACAGAAUAUUUAAAUUGUGACUUUAAGAAAUUAACAGGAUGAAACUGACAGGUCUUUACACAGGGUCUUGACGGUGGCCCUCCAUGACAGCCUAGAUGGCACACCUAGGCAAGGCACGGCUCCCGGGUGGGUCCCCAGGACCGUGAGUGUUGCCUGCCUUUGUGAGCUGUCGGGCAAGGAGCACCGGGCCCUGGAGCAGCAGCCCUGUUGUGUGCGGGGCUGACCGCCGAGUGGAGGGUCUGCUGGCUCCCGAGGUCUGAGCUCCCUCCAUCCAGCCCCGUCAUUGGGGCUCUUCCUUUUUAAAAGGCUUUCUGUCCAGACUUAAACUGUUUCUCUUCAGCGUUCUGGAGGGCCGGCAGCUCCCUCAUCCUCCCGGAUGUCAGGCUGUGGGGUGACUGCCAUCCCCUUCUUCUGGGUGGGGAAGGCUGCAGGGACUCUGUCCUGUGCAGAGACAGAGGGCAGCUGUCCGAAGGCUUCCUUGUGGGGAAGGAGCAGGGGUAGAGGGUCACGUGCAGGGACCGGUGGGCACUUUGCAGUCUUGGAGGCUGAGGCGCGGGUUUUGGUGUCCAGCCCUCCUCGCUGGGUCCCCAGCUUGCUUACUGACUGAAGACACGUUUUCUUCUGUGGUCGCCCCCCUUGGUUUUGUUCUUUUACAGUUGUCGAACCUUUUAUAGUCAGUUGGGAAAUACAAUGUCCAUUGUCAGAUGGGUCACCCCGUUUAUCACCGUCCCCUGAUACUGGCAUAAUGCUUCCAGAAGUUUUUCUUUUUUUUAUAUUUAAAAUGUUACUUUUCUGUAUGAUGUGCAUGCAAGUCUCCCGUAACUUUUCUUAAACUUUUUAGUGCCGUUUCUAGUAUAUUCCUGUAAAUGUCAGUUAAUGAGAAUGAGUCCAAUGUAAGUAGUUUUAGCUUGUUUUUUGCAAUGCCGGCCUCAACACCACAGAGUAAAAAAAAAAAAAAAAAUGAUAGAAAGUACUCUGGUAAUCAUGGACCCUUCUCCCGGGG